ACUGCUUCCGGUGCAGAGUUCAUAUGUGAGGUCAUCGUGUCCUUCUGCACGUGGUUUGUAGCGCAUUCUGUGAGUGUGUGUAAACCGGUGAGGAGAGUGGAGAUCAGAUCAGAAGAGAUUAGAGGAAGAGAAGAAGAAGUGCAGCCAUGCUGAAGUCUUUAACACGCGCUGUAAACAUCGCGGCACGCUUCACGAACAAGGCCCCGGGAGCGACUGUGGCCCGCUGCGCCGAGCCGCUCGUCAGAUCCGCGCUGUGCGCUCCGACCUCGGCCACGACCGCCCGGCCGUUCACGCGCUCGAUAUGGAUGAUGUGCAGCGGCGGCGCGGACCGCAGGGCCACGCUGCUCGCCUCCAAACACACUCUGCCGUCCUGCGGCUGCGGAGGCCUUCACACUGAAGGUGACAAAGCGUUUGUAGAAUUUCUCUCGGAUGAAAUCAAAGAGGAAAAAAAGAUCCAGAAAACCAAGACGCUCCCCAAGAUGUCUGGAGGAUGGGAGCUUGAGCUGAACGGUACUGAGGCGAAACUUACCCGAGACCUCUCUGGAGAGAAAGUGACCGUCACCUUCAAUGUGAACAACAGCAUUCCCCCGAACAUGGAGGAAGAACCAGAGCAGGGUCAGAAGAGCGAGGACAAUGAGCCUGACAUCGUCUCCUCACCCAACUUUGUCAUUGAAGUGACUAAAAAGGGGGCAAAAAACUCCCUGGUGUUCGACUGCCACUUUCCAGAAGACGAGAUCGGUCACGGUGAAGGAGAGGAAGAGAGUGACAUCUUUACUAUCCGUGAAGUCAGUUUCCAGCCUGAAGGAGAGGAAGACUGGAAGGAGACAAGCUACACCCUCAACACAGACUCUCUGGACUGGGCACUUUAUGACCAUUUAAUGGACUUCUUGGCUGACCGUGGUGUUGACAACACAUUUGCCGAUGAGCUGAUUGAGCUGAGCACAGCACUGGAGCAUCAGGAGUACAUCAAGUUCCUGGAGGACCUCAACGGUUUCAUUAAGUGUCAGUGAUCACAUUAUGUGCAGUCUUCCCCUUCCAGCUAUUGGGAAAUACUUAUACAGAAAACAAGACCCAGUACAUAACUUUUAUACUUUAUUUUGAUAUAAAUUAAGUGUCUUGAAUGUACAUGUGAAGCUCUUUAAAUUAUGAGACUUGACUUCAAGAAGGUUUGGAAGCAGAGAUUGAAAUGUUAGGUCCAGCAAGGGGUUUAAUUUGUGUCAAAUAUGCACAUUUUUUUUUCUCGUAAAAAGUUCCUCACAAAUCCUGAUGUUGCAUCAAAAAUAAAUAUUUCAUCAACAGA